AUGUCAGAAAUCAAAGGAAGGCGCAUGCUCUCUCUAGGAGUUUCUAUCCGAAAAGACCCCGCGCGAGCCACCCGCGUACAAAUGACAGCAUUUCCCCCGACCACGCCAUUCCAGUUUGCACGUUCCACCGCAUACAAUAAUGUACAAAUAAGACAGACCAUCGCCAAAGCAGCAACAACCAUCGCAGCAAAGACACCAACAAUGCUCAAACAAACCACCCACCUCCUCAGAACAACCCCAACCAUCACCAGAUACCCAAUCCACCAUUUACGAAAUCUACAAACAACAACACCAAGAGCAAUGUCCCUCCUGCCACACCACCCCCGUCCCGUCCCCUCCCUCCUGCGCGCCUUCACAGACCUAGACAACUAUCUCACGACAUCCACCGCUACAGAUUCUCUAUUCGCAAACUCCCCGCGCUUUGACCUCCGCGAAACAAAAGACGCGUAUAUCCUGGAUGGCGACCUCCCCGGCGUCAAGAAAGAAGACGUCACGAUUGAGUUCACUGAUCCUAGCACGAUGAACGUCAGGGGUCGCAGUGUGCGCAGUACGGAGGGUGAGGAUGGGAACUGGUGGUUCUCGGAGCGCACGAUGGGAGAGUUCCGUCGCUCGUUUAGUUUCCCGGCCAAGGUGGAUCGGGAGCAUGUGGAUGCGAAGUUGACGGAUGGGGUGUUGUCGAUUCAAGUGCCAAAGGUUGGCGGAGAGGUGGAGGAGGAGAGGAAGGUGAUUGAUAUUAAGUAG